AUGAUAGGUGUUGAUCAGUGCUCAAAUGGAACUAAUAAAACAGUAACAAAAAUCUACAAAUACAACAUCAAUGAUUCAACUUUCGAAAGAUAUUCAACAAUCAAAAUCAAUACAAGUUACCAUCAAUUCCCUUUCAUUUUCAAAGGUAAUGUCUAUACUUUAACACCAUAUAUUAAAAAGAUUUUAAAGUUUGAUAUAAACAACAAAACAACAGUUGAAUUACCAAUAGAAAUACCCCAACACCCUUCAACAAGAGCAGCAUGCACAGAUGGUAAUGGUAAUAUAUAUAUUCUAUCGGAUACAUUAGGAUUACAACGAAUCAGUAUUGAUGAUAAUCAAAUUGUGGUUGAAACCAUUAUUGAUUUUACUGUUAUCAAAUAUUUUCAUUACAUUGGUUUCAAUCGAAUGAUGGUCAAACUUACCUUUAUUCAAUCCAAGGAAAAGAUAGAAAUUUCUUGUUCUCAUUUGAAAAUCAUAAAUGGGAAUCUAUUCUCAAAAAUGACCAAUAGUAUAGAAUCUUAA